AUGAAUCAUGAACGCUUUCCGCAAUUCCCUGCCGCUGGAGGAGCCGACCAGCCGCCGCCGGGCAAGGCGAGGCCGUGGCAGAGGCGUUGCAGGGCGGGGACGCGGCAAGGACGCCCCCUGCGGGCUCCUUCCUCUGCAUCCGGCCGCGUGCCCCUCGACUCGUACGCCCUCUGCUCCGCGCUCCACUCCACGCCCUCCGCCGCGGAGACGCUCCACGCGCUCGCCUCCAAGUCCGGCUGGUUCGGUAGCGUCAUCGUGUCUUGCGCGCUCGCCGCGUCAUACGGCGGGUCCGGCCGGUACCUGGACGCCCAGAGGCUGUUCGACGAAAGUCCCGCAAAGAACGGCGUCUUCGGGAACGCCGUUCUCGCUGAUUACGUGGGCGCGGUUAAGUGGGCGCCCGUGCUGGGGUUCGCGAGGAGUUCGCAGAGCUACUGCUGCCGGUCGACGGCGAGGUGGCAAACGUUGAUCUUUGCGUCCAGGCGCACGGGCAUGCGAUCAGGAGGUACAGAGGUGGAUUUGUUCUUGGUCAGCGCAUUUGUGGACAUGUAUGCCAAGUGUGGGGUUAUCCGCCAAGCAGAGCGUGUGUUCGGCCUUGCACAACAGGAGACUGAUGGCAGAGAUUUGAUUCAGUUGGCUGUUGGUAUUGAAAUGCUGGAGUCUUUGUUUUCGAAUCUUGGUCCGAAGGUUUGCGAUGUACCAAAUGAUACUAAAUAUUUUCUGAAGAAAUGCAAAAAUUGCAUCGAAACGAUAGCUAAGCCUCAACCUGAAGUCUGCAUUGAGCAUUCUGCACAGCUCGUAACACAUGGUCCUGCAAUUAAGAUAUGGUCUGCAAGUAGGUGUAAGAAGGCACAAUUCAGGAGGCCAUACACAGCACAAAUUGCGCCAGCCUGCAACCACAGCAGCAGCACACAGUCCAGUGAUUGCCUGAAAGAAUACAUGCCACCACAAUUAAAAUGUAGGAAACCUAAUCAUGCAACACAAAGAUGCUUCUCCAUGAAACAUGGGGGCAGAACACGGGAAAUAGCUCUGCUCUCCUCCUUCCAAUAUCCAGAUGAGCAGAGGAGCAAGAGGCAGACGGCCGCUGGUGGGUGCCGGCCAAGAGGGGGGCAAGUAUUGCGGCAGCAGCGCAGCAUGAUGGAGAGGAACACUGAACGGCUCAGUACCUCAUGGAGAGAAAGCGGGUGCGGCAUGUACACUUGUACAGGGAGGAGGGAGUCCGAAUGGGGACGACGGCCGCGCUCGCUUGGGAACGUACCGGGAGGAGGGAGGCCGGAGGCGGCGAUGUGGAGUUGGGGACGACGCUCGUGCUCGCUGUGGCACGUACGGAGGGGAGGGAGGCCGGAUGCGGCGAUGGGGACGACAUCCGCGCUUGCUACAGCAGGUACGGGGAGGAGGGAAGGCGGAGGCGGCGAUGGGGACGGCUCCUGCACUGGCGGCGGGCGGAGCCGUCCAAAGGAGGAAGGGAGUGCGAGCAGGUCGUGCGGAGGUGGCGGUGAUGGAGGAGUAGGUCGUGUGGAUAAGGAGGCCUCGUGCCCUGGAACGGAGGCACGAGGCACUGUAUUACUGUAG